CGGGAGAGUCCAGCUUCCCACGGAGCCCGGCGGAGGAGCUGGAGGACCGAGGCCGGUGCGCUGAAGCCCUCAGUGAGCCCUGCCUUGUCUCAAAGAGAAGAAGAGAAAGAGCCAUGACCAAGUUACAGCAAUAGCAACCCUACCUAAGACAACAGGCUCUGUGUAAACAGUUGCUCAGGUCCUCCUGGCAUUGGGUAAGAAACUGAGGUGGCCUGUGUUUGCUGUCACGGGAGGCUGUGACGUUCAGGGACGUGGCCGUGGUCUUCAGUGAGGAGGAGCUGGAGCUGCUGGAUGCUGCCCAGAGGAAGCUGUACCAUGACGUGAUGCUGGAGAACUUCAGGAACCUUCUGUCAGUGGGAGGCCAAAGUCCAAACAGGAUGAAGACUUUUCACACAACAGGAUUAAGGUGCUUUUCACUGGGACAGCCUUCAGGCUGUCAAAUGACGAGCCAUGAUGUCAACAAACAGGUCAGUGCUCCAGAAGCUGUAAUAAACACUCAAGGAAAGGGUUCUCACUUCCUGGAGCAAUGCUGCUUCUCCUGCCAUUGGGGAGUACAAGAGCCUCCCCAGGGUUUCGAGGACAAUGGCUGCCUUGAGGGUCUUAUAAGCAACCAUACCAGCAGGACUGAAAAUCAAGAAUUUCUGUGUGGGAGAGCUCAGAGUUCUUGGAGGGAAACACAUCUUAGCCAGACACAGAACCAUCAGAAUCACUGUCCACAGACUCUGGUGAAAAACAAGCCACAGCGGUUAGCUCCAGGUGUUGACCUUCUGAGUUGCAUUUCCCACCUUGAUAACAAUAUACUGCAUCAAAGAGACAAAGCCGACAGCAGCAGUGACUAUAAUAAAGUCAUCUGUCCCGAGUCACCCCUCACCCAGCACAGUGUUUACACAGAAGGGAAGACCUACCAUUGCAGCGAGGGCCAAGAAGCCGUCAUUGACAGCCCCGGUUUAGAACUCCAUCAGCAGGUUCUAUUGGGAAAGGAGUGUCCUGAACCUAGGACGCAGGAGGACAUCAGGCCUAGCUCCAGUGUCCCCAUUCAACAAAGUGCUCAUCCAGGAAGAAAGCGCUACUGGUGUCACGAGUGUGGCAAGGAUUUUAGGAAGAGGGCGAACCUUCAGAAUCACCAGAGAGUGCACACGGGUGAGAAGCCCUACCGGUGUGACAGCUGUGGGAAAGGCUUCAGCCGCAGCUCGGAUCUCAAUGUCCACUGCCGAGUGCACACUGGAGAGAAACCUUACAAGUGUGAGGUGUGUGGGAAGGGCUUCACGCAGUGGGCACACCUUAAGAUCCACAAGAGAAUUCACACAGGAGAGAAGCCUUAUAAGUGUGGAGACUGUGGCAAAUGCUUCAGUUAUAGCUCAAACCUUCACAGGCACCAGAGAGCCCACCCUGAGAAGAAACCAUAUAAGUGUGAUGAAUGUGGGAAGAGCUUCUGCUCAAAUUCUAGUCUUCAAAGCCAUCAGCAGGUCCACAUAGGGGAGAAGCCAUAUAAAUGUGAAGAGUGUGGGAAGAGUUUCAGUUCAGGCUCACAAUUCCGAAGCCACCGGCCAGUCCAUACAGGAGAGAAACCAUUUUGCUGCAGUGUGUGUGGGAAGGCCUUCAGUUGGAGAUCAACUUUUAAAGCCCACCAGAGAGUUCACACCAGAGAAAAACCAUGCAGGUGUGAUGUGUGUGGGAAGCACUUCACCGCAAGCUUGAGCCUCCAGAGUCACCUGAGUGUUCACACGGGAGAGAAACCCUAUGAAUGUGAGGAUUGUGGGAAAGGCUUCAGGCAUGCCUCGCACCUCCAGGCCCACCAGAGGAUACACACGGGAGAGAAGCCCUACAAAUGUGACACAUGUGGGAAAGCCUUUAGCCAGAAGGCCACUCUUAAAGUCCAUCAGAAAAUUCACACUGGGGAGAAGCCUUUCAAGUGUGAGGAGUGUGGGGCGGAAUUCAGAUGGAACACUACACUUAGUGCUCACCGGAAGGUCCACACAGGACAGAAACCCUUCAUGUGUCAGCAGUGUGGAAAGGGCUUCAGUCAGGCCUCAUCCUUCCACAAGCACCAGAGGCUCCACACAGGAGAGAAACCCUACAAGUGUCAGCAGUGUGGGAAGGGCUUCAGUCACGCCUCAUCCUUCCACAAGCACCAGAGGGUCCACACGAGGGAGAGGCCCUAAAUCUGCAGCACCUGCUGUAAGGGCUUCAGUCAGAGAUCACAUCUCGUCUACCAGCAGAGGGUCCACACUGUGGGUUUGUUCUGCUGUCAGGUGGGCCCGAUGCUGCUGAUUGUUAAAAGCUCCCCAAACCCAGAGGCUUGGAGAGACUUAUCAGGGGACUGGAUUUUGUUAUUUUGCCCUUAACUCAUUCUCCUACUUGGCUCAUUUUGCAAAGGGAAUAUAGUAUUUUAGAAUGGGUCUCCUUAGCAUACAAACAAUGUCAAAAAUUAAAGACUUAUGUAUACAUGGUUUCUGGUCUAAUUAUAAAAGAAUGAAUUAUCAGUUGUCAGGAACGGACCCAACAGAAAUCUUAGUGCCUCGUACUAGUGCUGAGAUUAUGUCAUAAUAGGUAAUCAAUGAAGACUGGCAGAGAGCUUGUAGGAUCUAUGUGGGAGAAAUUAACAACAAAUAUUCUAAAACCAAGUGACUUGAGUUUAUAAAAAGGACCGAUUGGAUUCUCCCUCAUAUAGUAAACAGAACACCAAUUCCUCAAGUGCUUACAUUUUAUACUGAUAUAAGUAGGGAAUGUCUGGUUAUAAGUUAGAAAAAGUAAUUAAAAACUUAAAUGCUUCAGUUCAAAAAUCAGAGUUGUCUGCCAUUCUUACUAGAUUUUCCUGAAUCUCUUAAUAGACUUACUGACUCCAGUAUGUAGAAAGAGUUGCUUUGCAUAUAAAAACUGCUGAAUUUAUUCAUGAUGAUUUAAAUUAACUGCAGUUUCUUCAACUACAGCAAGUGAUCAGAAAUAGAAAUCAUCCAUUAUACAUAUAUCUGGUCCCAUACGUGUUUAUCAGGCCCUCUAGCAUGAGGUAAUGAUGAAAUUGAUGAGCUUUUGAUAGGAAAUGUGCGGAAGCUUCAGAAUUUAGUAAGAAACACAAUGUUAACAGCAAAAAUUUAAAAAGAUUUUUCUGUCACGUGGAAGCAAGCCAAGGAAUGUAUAAAAAAAUGUCCUACUUGUUCUUUGUAUAACCAAACUCCAUUACCCGAGGGAGUAACCCAACACAUCUCCAAAGAAAUGAAAUUUGGCAAUUGGAUGUGUUUGAUUUUGCAGAGUCCAGAAAAUUAAAUAUGUGCACCAUACCAUAGACACAUACUCAGGAUUUCAAUGGGCAAGUGCUUUAAGUUCUCUAAAGUUGAUUCUGUAACCACACAUUUAUUGGAAGUCAUAGCAAUUACGGGUAUACCUGUACAGAUUAAAACUGGCAGCGCUCCAGCAUAUGUCUGAAAAUGAAGCCUUUUUGAGUGUCCUGUGUAAGGCAUAUCACAGGCACACACAGAACCCUGCAGUGCAAGCGUUGUAGAGAUCCAGCUGUACUUUAAGAGAGAUGCUUAACCAACAACAAGGGUAAA